GGCUAGUUCCGCAGAGAAAAAAACAGCCACUGCAGUCACCCUCCUUUACAGCCAAUAUCUGACAUCGAUCAGUGAUUAACCGUACGCCUGGAAACGGGCAUGUCAUUCGUCAGUGUUAAAGCUUAAGCAUAGUCUGCAUCAGCAGCGAUCGGCGAGACAGCGUUUGGACAGAAGAUAUGAACAGGGUGUGGAUGUGCUGAUAGCCUGGUAGCAAGCUCAGCUGUUUGUGUUGUUUGGGUGGUGAUGGAGAACACCGAGGAGUCUUCGCCCCUCCGGAUCACCCCAACCGUCCGGGCGCUGAGCUCCGCACUGCGGGGUAAGCGUGAAAAUGUCCCCGAUUCCAGACGGGAAAACGGCGAGAGGAUCUUUCCUGAGCCGGAGAAGCUUUGGUUCAAGGAGAGCAGCGCUAAAAACCUGCGUAACAGGGACUUCUUGUCGCCGACCACGAUGCUUAACACGCUGUACGCGGACGGACAGGUCCCUCCAGCAGUGAUGUCCAGGGUCCUGUCCCUCCGUGGCGGUGGGGUUCUUCCUGUGGCUGGCGGGGAGGUAAUGGGUGAGGGCUUGCGGGUGAGAGUGGACCGGGCUGCAGCCUUCAGGGCCGUCCUGGCAGAUGGAGCCACAGAGUACCUGAAGCCCUCAAGUCAGAGACAAGGUUGUGUGUUGCUCAACUGCCCUGCGCUGCACCCUAAACCCAACACGCCCACUCCUGAUACACUGACUCUGGGCCAGCUGAGGACUGUUCUGCUAGCUGACCACAUGGGGGCGCUGUUGAGAAGACAGGGUUUUACAGUGUCCUAUUGCCCCACACUGCCAGAAGACGGUGACAUCAUCACCUUUCUCCGAGCUCUGGGUAUCGAUUGGCCGGCAGCCCCAGCCAACAGGACCUACGAGGAGCGGGAGGAGAAGAUUCAGGAGGCGCUGGAGAGCUCCCCGUACAGAGAGAGGGAAACAGAGAGAGGCAGGAGGACCAGCGGAGGAGGGAGGAAGGUAGAGGAGGGGGAGAACGAGGGAUCGCUCAGAGUUAACCUGAAACGAGUGUUCCAGGAGGAGGGGCUGCUGGGAUAUGACCCCAGCCUCGGGACCUGCAUAGUACACAGAGACAGUGUUUCCCAGCUGGCACAACUGGACCUCGCCACUGCUGACUGCACAGUAGCCAUGGCAACAGUGUUACAUGUGACUUCCUGUCAGGAUGAGUUCCGCCAGCAGCAGAUAGCGGUGCUGUGGAGAGCCAGCGGAGCGACACACACACAGAGACAUCUGGUGUGUGGGCCUGUGAAGACUCCUGGUUCUCACCUCACUGCUGCUCAGUAUCUGCAGCUGAGAAGAGGUCAGAUGAAGGAGGCCUCAGAGAUGAAGUAUGGGGAUCAAGUGGAAGGUCAGACGUGGGAAGACAUCAUCAGGGUCAUGACCUCUGCCACUGUCAGAUUUGAGCUGCUGUCAACGGUCCACACAAGUCCUGUGACACUGGACGUCCAGAGGGAAGGGGGCGUGUCCACCAAAGGGCCGAGAGGAGGGGUGUUUGUGAUGUAUAACUGUGCCAGACUGCACACUCUGUUCGACAGCUACGAGAGAGGAGUGGAGAAAGGUCUAUACCCAGAAAUCCCUGAGGGCCCCGAGCUAGACUUCUCUGCUCUGAAAGAAGAGGGCGAGUGGCUUCUCCUGUUCAAUUACCUCAUCCCGUUCUCCGAGCUGCUGGACCAAUCAGGACAAGCGUUAGACUGUGAAGGAGGAGGAGCCAGAGUCAAUAUUAAGACUGAACAGAUCUGUAAAUUUCUUGUGUCUCUCAGUAAAGACUUCAGCUCGUACUACAACAGAGUCCACGUGUUGGGGGAGCCGCUGCCUCAUCUCUUCAACCAGAUGUUUUGUCGUCUGCAUUUGUUGAGAGCAUUGAGAGAGCUCUACCACAGCGCUCUGGACACCCUCAACCUUCCCCCCAUCAGGCAACUAUAGCCUCCACAUCAUUCACUCCUACUAUGAUCACUGUUGGCCCUCCCCCCCCCACCCAUUUCACACAGUCACAUACUGUAUGUGUGGCAACUGCAGCUUCUUCACGUCCACACUUAAUUUAGAAAUGAAAGUGUAUUCAACUGAGACACAGUAACCGUUCCCUCAUUCGGAAAUUUUAGAGCACAGACAAGUUAUUCACCUGCCCACUGACGUACUGUAACUGUUAAAAUAUUUAGAGGACGUAAUUCCCAUAAAUCAUGUGAUGUGAUGUCAGUAAACUCAGUUUGAUCAGAGCAGAUAGAUUUUUCUGGAAAAAUGUUAUGGUUGUUUCUAUGUCAAGGUAACAGUUUGACAUUUUUGGAUGUACGCUCACUUGUUCCGAUUGAUACCACUCUCAUGUCUAUACAGUAAAUGACGCUACAGUUGGCUAGCUUAGCUUAGCAUAGCAUUGCUUUUAGACUUUUUAUUUUAACUUAGUUUUAGGCUAUUAAAUUCAAUAAGAGUCUGUAGGUCAUUGCCUAGACUCUGCUGAAAGUUAAAAUUCCCAGUUGAGAAAUAGUGUGACACAUCAUCUCCACUUAAAAUACUGAAUUUUCGCUUAACACUUUGGUUUUGGACGUAUUACACAAGAAAUUUAAUUAUAGUCAUGUCGUCAUGGCGCUUUUGAGUUUCAGCUGCUCAUAUUUACUGCACAUGAAAGUGGCAUCAAUCGUAUCCUCUAACUCUCUGAAACUGGGAAUCCCCAUUGGAAGUAAGAUGUUA